AUGGUUUACCUUACCUUUAUCUCGGUGGCCGUUCUAGCACUCGCUCUACUUAUACCGAGAGAGUCCUAUAAAUUCCAUGAAUUUCACGACAAUGCGCUCAAUAGCAUACUCUAUCCAGUGAACGAGCCUCCAAUAUGGGAGAAGAUAAAGACGUGGAGUCCGGCAAAAAACUCCAAAGAUGGCAUACUUAAAAGUUUAAACCAAUAUAAUCCUGCUAAUAUUGGCCAGCAGAAGCUAAGCUCCAAUUCCUUCUUUGAAGAGGUUCACUUUGGUAAAGAUAGGCAGCAGAUAGGCAGAGAAAAUGCCACCAUCGUGAUGCUCGUCAGGAACCUGGAGCUUAAAGGAGCUCUAGAUCUGAUGAGAUCUCUCGAGGACCGCUUCAAUAAGGAUUAUAAGUACCCUUGGGUCUUCCUCAAUGAUGUGCCUUUUGAUCAGGAGUUCAUCGACAAGACCACCAUGAUGGCCAGCGGAAAGACAUACUAUGAGCUAAUUCCACUGGAAGACUGGAAUAUGCCUGCUCAUAUAGAUAAUGAGAAAUUUGAGCACAAUCUCCGAAACUCCUGGGACGUUAUAUAUGGGCCGUCCCGCUCUUAUAGGAAUAUGUGUCACUUCAAUUCAGGCUACUUCUACAGACAGAAACGGCUACUCAAUUACGAAUGGUAUUUCAGAGUCGAACCGGAUGUGGAGUACAUGUGUGACUUUCAAUACGAUCCCUUCACUGUCAUGCGUGAAAACAAAAAGGUUUACGGUUUUGUGCUAGCUCUCCCGGACUAUGAGAAUACUAUACCGACACUAUGGCCGACAGUGGAGGAGUUCAUCGAAAAGUAUCCGCAACAUCUCCACCCUAACAAUGCAUACGAUUUCUUGACUACAAAUGAAACAGAUGUUUUCUUUGGAGUUGAUAAUCCACACAAGCACCUCUACAACUUGUGUCAUUUUUGGUCUAACUUUGAGAUCGCUAGUCUCGAGUUUUUCCGAGGUGAGGCUUACGGUGCGUACUUUGAUCAUUUAGAUAAGAGCGGAGGAUUUUACUACGAAAGGUGGGGUGAUGCUCCAGUUCACACAAUUGGUGUGUCUUUGCUUCUUGAUAGAGACGAGAUUUAUCAUUUUGAGGAUAUUGGAUAUUACCAUGCCCCAUACAUGGGCUGUCCCACAUCGGAAGAUGUUCUCAUGGCUAGAAGAUGCAUUUGCCGAGACAAAGCUUUCGAUGGCGAGCCAUUGAAGGGAAUGGAAGUAAGACCUCCUAGUUGCAUUCCUAGAUGGUGGAGAUACGGUAGUGGAAAGACUUUUUUGAAUGAGGCGGAAUACACCUUCCGCUGA